AUGAAGGCCACCACCGUCAUCCUUGCCCUCAUCAACACCGCCCUGGUGUUGGCUGCUCCUGCCUCCGAGUUGAACAGUACCGCUGCUCGUGGAGACAGCGGAUGUUAUGCUUACUCUGAUCCCGAUUGUGGUGUCACGGGAAAAUCCUACCUCUUUAAUCUGGCCACUAAUAACUGCCAGCCUCCAUGGAGCUACAUUGGUCCCAAGUCUUCCCUUCCUGGAUGGCACUGCUAG